UAUUACUCACCAGGAUGGUUAGUAUGUUGUGGUAUGUUAGAAAUGUUGCAUCAGGUUCGAAGUUGAAAUGAGAGAUUCAAAGAAUAUAUGAUAGCAUUUGUUCUCCAGCUAUUGAGGAGUCUAGACAUAUGAAACAUCUGUGAAUAAAAGUAAAUUCAAAUUUACAAAUAUAUUUUAUUGAAUGAAUGUGACAUUGUUCUUAAAGUUGGAUUAAUAAAAAUUUGUGUCGCAAUAGAGUAUGAGCUCAUUGAGAAGUGUCAUUAUCACAUUGCCUAAAGGCAUUCAAAAAACACCCAUAAUUAGUUCUAAAAACGAUUUGAUCAAAUCAACAAAUAACGUUAAUUUUUCAACAUCUAUUUUAUCAACAACUAAACCCAAGGCUGAAGACGAAAAAAUGCAGUCUUGUGGGAUUAAAGACACACAAAGUGAGCUCAAUAAACCAGAUGGUUGGUUGCGAGGUAAAAAGAGGCGAUUGGAUCAUCUGACGUGGGAAGAAAAGCUUCAAAGGAAAAAGUUGAAAAACAGAGUAGCUGCUCAAACAUCACGAGACCGCAAAAAGGCUAAGCUAGAUGAGCUAGAGGACACAGUUCGAGUUUUAACAGACAGAAAUACAUUUUUGACCCAGGAAUGUGCUAUGUUGCGAGCUCAAAACGAGGCUUUGAUACAGGAAACGAAGAAACUAAAAGGACAACGAGAAGAGAAUUCAACAGAAGAAAGGGUUUGUUCAAUGUGUCGGGGUCGUGUCGGUUGUGUUGCAUCCUCACUGGGAUCAGCCGUAUCUCCUAACCCUCUGCCGCAGGGUGGGGCAACUCAACUGGCACUGUCCCUAACACCGACAGCAAGUCGAGAUUCUGUUGAAGAUCUUGACUCUCUACCUCCUCUGGAGGAACUCUUCGGCGAUAUCCAAAGUGAUGGAUACAUCGAACGACUCGAAGAACUUGCAGAAAGCCUUUUGCGAGAAGUUACCUCUGAAGUGGAAGCUUAUUCUAACAAAUCAAAUGAACAGAAGUCCAUCAAGAAAGAUUCCUUUGAAGAAUUUAAUGAUCCAAAAAGAGUGGUGGGGAAGACAUCAAAAGAUGUGGAAACCAGUGCAACCAGUCGAAGCCUGAAUCCUUGCCAAGGAUCGAAUGCAGUGUCACAACACACAACAUCGUCAACAAAUCCAACGGGAUCGUUCAAGAGUGAAAUUGAAGUAAAACAAGAACCUAUAGUCAAUGAUCUGGACACAGUCUACGGAACAUACGAUGAAGCCACUAAUUGCAUAACUAUUAUUUAUCCGGGUGAAGAUGAUGGUGUAAGAAUACAAGAAUGUGUUCAAGAAAUCAUUAGUGAAGAUAACUUGACACCUAGUUAUUCAUAUAAGGAUCAUCUUUCACCAGCUUACACUCUUGCAGAUUCUAUGUCACCAUCAAGCUUUCAUUCAGAUGACUCUGAUGUUAGUUCUUACAAAUUUGAAUCUAAUUUGUCCGAUUGUGGUUAUGAAUCUCAUGAUUCAAUUCAAACUAGUAAAAGUACUAGUACACCAGCACUUACUGAUUUAUGGCAUGAAAGUUUUUCUGAACUGUUUCCCAGUCUUGCCUGAUAAAGAUAAAUACUUAAUUAUCCAAAUCAAAUGAAUACGUACUUAUAGAUGUUUUCUUUUGUUAUAUUGGACAUUGGAGAAGUUAAUUCUUGCACUGUUGAAAGUCCCCCUCCCCCCUGUAUAUAGAAAUAAAAUAUUUCAUAUAUUUUUAUAAUCACACAAAA